UAAUCUAAUUUGGAACGUUACCAAACAUCUAAAACCCAACUUUUUUCCAGAAUUUUCCACAGGAGGUCAGCCAUCUUGGCGUGAAAAUCUUCUACGGUUAAUAGAUCAUCCGAGAGCAUAGGGGGCGCUUGUUCGGUUUGUCUCAACGUCAUCUCGAGGCUGACGAGGCCGCCCAGCCAUGUUGAGAAGUCUGUCAAGCAAAGUGCAGCCCGCCAUUGUGUAGACACCAAGCAAGCAGGCUCUGGAGGGAGACAGGGGCGCUCGGCUCAGCGAUUCACCCCCGGUAGCGACGCGAAAUCACCCAGCCUGCCGCUCGUCACAUACGAGGGGAUAAAACGAGACAUGUCAGCCAGCAGCCUCCUCGAACAGGUUAAGAGAGGUAUUUUGUGAAGCAAUUUGUAGGCAGCAUCGCGCGACGGCUAGCGAGGCGAGGGAUAGCUUAGCACCAAGCAAGCAGCGAGCUCGAGAGGCAAAAAAAAAAAAAAAAGCGGCUGUGGCGAAGUAGUGCGCCAGCAAGUAGGCCUUGACCACCUGCUAAACGGAACUGACUGCUCAGCCGAGAAUCUCUUCAAUCUAUUUUUCCCCUUCCUCUCUUCUCAUAAAUCAAACCUUCAUGAAUCACCUGGACCCAAUCCAGAGACCGAAAGGCCAAGCGAGUAAAGUGCAAAACGGAGCUGUGACCCAAAAGGAUUCCUUGAAUGAUGAUGAGUUUGAGCCUUAUCUGAACACUCAGGCCAGACAGAGCAAUGCCUAUACGGCCAUGUCGGACUCCUACAUGCCCAGCUAUUACAGCCCCUCCAUAGGAUUUUCCUACUCCCUCAACGAGGCAGCAUGGUCCACCGGCGGGGACCCUCCUAUGCCUUACCUGGCCUCCUAUGGACAGCUAAGCAACGGGGAGCCCCACUACCUCCCGGAUGCCAUGUUCGGGCAGCCGGGCCCCUUGGGAAGCAACCCCUUCUUAGGCCAGCACGGCUUCAACUUCUUCCCCAGCGGCAUCGACUUCUCGGCAUGGGGGAACAGUAGCUCUCAGGGACAGUCGGGCACGCCGCAGAGCUCCGGCUACAGCAGCAGCUACGCGUAUGCUCCCAGCUCCCUGGGAGGAGCCAUGAUUGAUGGACAGUCCCCCUUUGCGCCCGCUGCCAAUGAACCCCUCAACAAGGCGCCUGGUAUGAACAGCCUGGACCAGGGCAUGGCUGGCUUAAAGAUCGGGGCCGCAUCUCCUGGAGGCAGCGGGGAUAUGGCUCCAAAGGUGGUUGGCUCAGGCUUACCUGGAGGGGGUCCUCUCGGCCCCGUGUCUUCUGUAGGACCCCCCAGCAUGCCCCCUGUCUCGAUUGCCCCCGCCAAGCCUGCCUCCUGGGCAGACAUUGCCAGCAAGCCAGCCAAGCCUCAGCCCAAGCUGAAAACCAAGGGUGGCAUGGCUGGAGCCAAUUUGCCGCCUCCGCCCAUUAAACAUAACAUGGACAUCGGCACAUGGGACAACAAGGGCACCGUGCCCAAAGCCGUCACACCUCAGCAGGUGCCCCCGAUCCCGAGCAACGGGCAGCCACCAAAUCAGGCGUCCCCCCAGCCUGGAAGUAUGGCGGCAGGAAACCCACAGAUUCCCCUCAGCAAUGGACAACUGGUACCCCCGGUCUCCCAGAUGGGGCAGCAUCAGCUACCACCCAGCGGGCAGCCCGGCAUGGUUCAAAUGCCCCAGGCGCCUCCGUCUCAGGGCCCCCCGCCUCUGCCUAAUCAACAGCAGCAGGCUGCCCAGCCGACCCGCUGGGUGCCCCCUCGAAACCGGGCCAACGGAUUCGGGGAUGGCGGCGGGACCGGCGCAGGCCAGUCGCCUCCCGCCUCCUCCGGAGUGGGUAUGGUUCCUGGGGUGCCCUCUGAGCCCCACCCAGUCUUAGAGAAAUUGCGUAUGGUCAACAACUACAACCCCAAGGACUUUGACUGGAACCCCAAGCAGGGCCGUGUAUUCAUCAUCAAGAGCUAUUCGGAGGACGACAUCCACCGCUCCAUCAAGUACAACAUCUGGUGCAGCACGGAGCACGGCAACAAGAGGCUGGACGCCGCCUACCGCUCGCUGGGCGCCAAGGGGCCGCUCUACCUCUUGUUCAGCGUCAACGGCAGCGGGCACUUCUGCGGCGUGGCUGAGAUGCGCUCGGCCGUGGACUACAACACAUCUGCCGGGGUGUGGUCGCAGGACAAGUGGAAGGGGCGCUUUGACGUGCGCUGGAUCUUUGUCAAAGACGUUCCCAACAGUCAGCUGAGGCACAUCCGGUUGGAGAACAACGAGAACAAGCCGGUGACCAACUCUCGGGACACGCAAGAGGUGCCGCUGGACAAGGCCCGGCAGGUGCUCAAGAUCAUUGCUGGCUACAAACACACCACUUCCAUCUUUGACGACUUCUCGCACUACGAAAAGCGUCAGGAGGAGGAGGAGUGUGUGAAAAAGGUGGAGGUCCAAGGCAGCGAGCCAUAUCCCAGCAAUCCAAACAGGAGUCAUUACAGGCUGCAGGAUCGCCAGGGGCGGAUCAAGUAACAGUUGGUGCUUUUGUCAAAAAGACUGCAAAGCCCCUACACCCCCAACCCUCAACCCCCACCCCCACCCCACACACCUGCCCUCCCCUCCCCAGCCAGCCAUUGCAUCAUCACACCCACACGUUUCUUAAUUAUGGAAUCUGAAAACGGGCUGAAGAAUUAACUGAGGAUAAGAAUAAGAACACGAAGACUUUCUUGAUUUCUUUUGACUUUGAAGACUUACUCGGAACUUGUAGUAAAAAAAAAAAAAAAAAAAAAACAACAACAAAAAAAGAGAAACUAUUAUUCCUAGGACUACAACUUAAUGCAUAGCAUCCUUAGGUGAACUCUUGUUUUGCCAUUCCACUGCAUAUGCUCCCCCCCCCCGUUUUUUUUUUUUUUGUUUGUUUUUAGUGAAAGAAUCACUUUUUUUUUUUUUUUUUUGUAACUGUCCAAGAGCAGGUCCGCGAUGGUCACACCCCCCCAUGUUCGCUUCAACCUCCUGCCCCGUUUUUGCAUUGUCUACUGAGGACAAGGACUUUUUUUUGUUUUGUUUUCCCUUCCUCAGCAGAUUUUCAUCGCAGACAACGAUGUUCUUCAAACAUGUCUCCCGUGUUGUUUGGUUUUGUUUUCCCUCCACUUCUCUUGUUUAUCGCUCUUUUCCUCCCGGAGGUGACUUUCAGAAUAGCCCUCCAUUUUGUUUUUGCAUGUGUCGAGAAAGAUUGGGCCAGCGCUGGCGGAAAAGGGAGAUGACAAAAUGGAGGGUGGAGUUUGUGAUAGCAACAAAAAGAAGUUAAGUUGAGCCUUCUUCAGAGUUUCAUUUAAAAGGGGCCCCACUAACUAACUUUUCCUGCCUUUUCUUUCCCGUUGGACAGUUUGAUUCAUUGUUGCAAUGGGCUGCGUUUUUUUUUCCAAGUUUUUUUUUUCUCCUCCCUUUUCUAACGACAGCAACGCGAGUGGCCUUGUCCCCGCUCUUUCUAUUAAUCUGUUCCAAAGUAAUAAACGUGGUAUAUUAAGCAGAACUGGUGUGUUACUCCCCUUGUUUGACUCUUAAAGAUGAAGAAUGUCUUUCGUAUUUCAAAGCCGUCCAUCUCAAACGUGGCUUAUCAACUGCUUUCUUCUCUACUAACCUGGCCCGCCGCAACAUUCCCCAACUUGUCAUUUCUGGCCGCUUACUUAAGCCAACCAUAAUCGAAUUAGCUUGUUUUAUUUCUUCAGAAUGACAUUUUUGCAAAAGUUUCAACGCGAAAAAAACAUGCAAGGUCCUCUUUCAGAACUACUGGCUUUUAUUUGUGGCAGAAUAAAAAAAAAAGCUCCACGAAGUGAUGUGUGCCUUUUUUUUGGUCCACAGUCAUGAAUUUUGUCUUACAAUAAUUAAUGCACUAAACUCUCCCUUCUUCCUCUGUGAUCCGCCAUUUUCUCCUGCCAAUUGGGUUGUAGUUCGCUGAGUGGCCUCAAGAGGGCGAUAUAGUAUUGGGCAAUUGCACUUGUCACCAGAUUUGGGGUUGAAGCAACAUCAAGCCAGCUGUGUCGAAGGGUGCAAAUGGUCAAAUUUAUCCAUUUAUUGGUCUAUGGUAAAAAAAUGUAUUCGUGGCUAUAGGUUGUAGAAUGUGUAAUACAACUAUUCACUAAAGCAAAGUCAAAUUUCACAAGAAUGACAUCACGGCAACCUAUGGCUUGAAAUACUAAAACAAAAGCAAUCAAAAUUCAAUAAUAAAAAGGUCUCAAAUACAA